AUGAUUAAGAUCGUGUGUUGGUCGUUACUGCUUUUAGCGGGUAGCUAUGGAUUGCCUCUGGAUUCAGAGGGGGAUACGUCUAUGUAUUUUAGUAAGAUAGAUCCUGUUCUCUUUGAGAGUUACGUUGCCGGUCCUGUCCCAUAUAUAGUGUCUAUAACUAUCGGAAGGCCGGCCAAGCUUUAUCUUUGUGCGGCCUCCAUUAUUACGACCCGUCAUUUUAUAACAUUGGCUACUUGUGUGUUCUACCCAAAAGAGAUAAGCCGUUAUCUUCGAGGGACUGUAGGAUCUAAUCUUGUAAAUUCUGGUGGAACACAUUAUUCUUUUGAUCGUGUUAUAAUUCAUGAUGAAUUUGACAUAGAUACUGGCAAAAAUGACAUUAGUAUCCUUGUGACAUCGUCCGUGGUAAAACUAAGUAAGACGGUACAACCUGUUGCUCUAAACUUUGACUACAUACCACCCAAAGUUGCUGCUGUCGUCAAUGGUUGGGGAUUAACUAAUUUUUCGGUCAUCGACACGCAACCCCCGUUAAUGGAACUUCAAGUAAAUACAGUUGAUGGCAAUAAAUGCGGAGCAGAGAUAGACGUUCUGGCCAAAAAACUAAAAGUGAUAGCCCCCCCGUUGUUUCCAGAACUUGAAAUAUGUGCAUUUCACAAUGCAACAAGUGGAGUUUGCUAUGGUGACGCAGGUUCGCCAUUGGUACUUAAAGAAAACAGACAGCUGAUUGGUAUGGUGGCUUGGUUCAUAGAUUGCGCAAAGGGUGUACCAGAUGUGUAUACACGAGUUAGAUUGCCUCUGGACUCGGUGGGGGAUACGUCUGUGUAUUUUAGUAAGAUAGAUCCUGUUCUCAUUGAGAGUUACGUUGCCGGUCCUGUCCCUUAUAUGGUGGCUUUAACUAUCGGAGAGGCGCCCAGGACUUUUAUUUGCGGAGCCUCCAUUAUUACCACCCGUCAUUUCCUAACCGUGGCUGUAUGUGUGUACACUACAACACAGUCAAACCGUUUUCUUCGAGGGACUGUAGGAUCUAAUCGUGUAAAUUCUCGUGGAACACAUUAUUCUUUUGAUCGUGUUAUAAUUCAUGAUAAAUUUGACAUAGAUACUGGCAAAAAUGACAUUAGUAUCCUUGUGACAUCGUCCGUGGUAAAACUAAGUAAGACGGUACAACCUGUUGCUCUAAACUUUGACUACAUACCACCCAAAGUUGCUGCUAUCGUCAAUGGUUGGGGAUUAUUUAAUCUUACGACUUUCGUCGCGCCAAUCAUGUUAAGGGAACUUCAAGUAAACACAGUUGAUAGCAAUGAAUGUGCAGCAGAAAUAGCUGAUCUGGCAAAAAAAGUCCACUUCGAUGCCCACCACGGUGACGCAGGUUCGCCAUUGGUACUUAAAGAAAACAGACAGCUGAUUGGUAUGGUGGCUUGGUCCGUACCUUGCGCAUUGGGUGUACCAGACGUGUAUACACGAGUUAGUGCAUUCAAAUCCUGGAUACAAAAAAAUACAGUUCUAUAG